AUGGAUAACCAAACUACAAUGCCUUACUUUUUGCUCCUUGAAUUCUCAACUGUUCGGCAACUGCAAUUGCUACAUUCCUUCUUCUUCUUUGUGUUAUACCUGGCAAUUACAACAGCAAAUCUUCUCAUCAUUGCUGCUAUAGCUUUUGAUCAGCAACUGCACAGACCCAUGUACUUCUUUCUGAUGAAUUUAGCUCUGCAAGAUGUAGGGUCUGUUUCUGUUAUUGUCCCCAAAUCCAUGAUAAAUUCCCUCAUGGACACCAGACACAUCUCUUACUUUGGUUGCAUCAUUCAGGUUUUUCUCUUUGUGUCCUUUCUGGGUUCUAGUUUAUCUCUUCUGACAGUCAUGGCAUAUGAUCGGUAUGUUGCCAUUUGCCAUCCACUGCACUAUGAGAUGAUGAUGAAUUGGAAAGCCUGCACUGAAAUGAUGAUUCUGGUUUGGUUUGCAGGUCUUCUCUAUGGAACGUUGCAUACCACUGGCACUUUUUCCAUUCCUUUCUGUUCUAAUGUUGUCAACCAAUUCUUCUGUGAAAUUCCGCACUUGCUAAAAUUAUCCUGCACUGGCUUCAAUCUACUUGAAAUUGGAGUUCUUGUGACUAGUGCUGCAGCAGCACUAGGCUGUUGUACUUUUAUCAUUGUAUCUUAUGCCAUGAUUUUCAAGGCAGUGCUAAGAAUCCCUUCUGAACAAGGAAGGCAAAAAGCCUUAUCUACAUGUAUUCCCCAUCUUACAGUGGUGUUUAUAUUUUUUUUAACUGGAUGCUUUGCCAAUCUGAGACCUACGUCUGAAAACCCAUCUUACUUAAAUUUUGGAUUGACUCUUAUGUAUUCCAUUCUUCCACCUCUGUUCAAUCCAAUCAUGUAUAGCAUGAGAAAUAAGAAUAUCAGGUUUAUUCUUUCUAAAGUUUGGAGAUUAUGA